AUGCUUUAUCCUGCCCAUUAUGCAAAAGCAUGUCAAGACUACACAGGAGGCCACAUCAUUGACCACAACCCAGAUGGUGGCUUGGAUGCAGCUGCUAGAACCAGACGUCUUCAAAACACACAAAUUGGCCUGAGGUCUCUGUUUGGCCGCAAUGAUGUGGAUACAGAGAUUUGGAGCUUGAGCAACCGCAAGAGAGGACGUGAUUCUAAUCAAGAAGAUGCCGAAGAAAGUGGAGAAGCAGCAGCAGAGGAAGAUGAUGAUGAGAACAUUACAUUCCAAAUUCGCUACUUGAAUACGGGAUCCAUAGGAACCACAAAGACCUACACAAUCCACAAAGGCGCAAUGUUUGCAGAUUCCUUGGUGAAUUAUAAAAGUAUCAGUACCGCUCCCAUUGAGUUUGUUUUUCUCUAUCAUCAAAAACGUGUCAUUGGCACUUGUACCCCCGAGUCGAUUCGAAUGCUUGACUUUACAACACCUUGUGGUCAUGUGAUUACCCCUAGUAAGGAAAUCCUUGCCUGCCCGCCAUUACCACCCAGUCAAAACAACCCCGUGACACUUCGUGUUCGCGACCAAACAGGAGAGGAAACCUUCUUCAAAAUUAGGAAAAAUACACGCAUGUACAAGGUCUUUGAAACAUAUGCCGACCGAAAGGGCGUUUGGGUCAAUGAUCUUCGAUUUCUUCUAGAUGGAGCAAGAAUUGAAGCUUGGCACACACCCAUGGGGCUCGAGUUGGAUGAUCAGGACCAGAUUGAUUGCAUGCUGGAGCAGACGGGAUGUUAG